UUAACUCCUUGUUUGGGAAAGAAAAAUCUGGACGAGUUCGUUGCUAUGGAAGAACAAUAACACCUACCAUGCUUAAAAGAAAAGAAGAAAUUCUGGUUAUUAAAAGGCAGCAUAAUGAUGAAGUGGCUGGCAUGAAGAGGGAGAUGGAUGGUAUGAAGGCGCUAUUUAAGACAAUGAUGAAGCAACAAAACCCACAUAUGAGCGACGAGGAGAUCUCUAAUUUGAUGGCAAGUGCUAUGGGUUGUUCCAUUAGUUCUACUGUUGCUCCUGCUGAUCCACAUUCGUCUGCAUCAACUCAUAUUCCGCAUUGCGAACAGGGUGGAGAGGAAGCAGAUUGUGAUGAAGAUAUGGAAGAAGCUUGUGAUGAACAUGAAGAUGUGGAAGAAGUUUGUGCUGAAGAUGUUGAUGAAGAUGUUGAAGAAGAUGUGGAAGAAGAGCAAGGAGAAGAUCAAGAAGAAUAGUUGUUUUAUGUUAUCUUUCUAGCCAGUUAUUAGAACUUUUUUUGGUUAUUUUGGGAUGACUCUUUUUUGAGCCAAACUUGUGUUUAAUAUGGUUGUGUUUAACAUGGUUGUUUUGAAUUUUGAAUUUGGGAUGACAUCAAAACUUGUAUCCAACUAUUAUUAGUGGCACUACAAAAAAAACAUACUUUUGACCUUAA